AUGUUGAAGCAAUCACCAGUUUGUUCCAUUUUCUUCACUGUGCUAAUUGCCUCAGUGCAUGUACUGCUGGUCAAGGCAGCAGACCCAGUCAAAGCCAGUGGGCAUGAGCCAAUUCUUGAGAUGUACAUGCAUGACAUUCUUGGAGGCAGCAGCCCGACAGCUAGGCCAAUCACUGGCCUACUUGGCAACAUAUACGGAGGGCAAGUGCCCUUUGCAAGGCCAAUAGGGUUCCUUCCCCCACAAGGUGGGGUGGCCAUCCCCAAUGCCAAUGGUGCCCUCCCAACUGUCAAUGGCCUCAAUGGCAUUCCACUUGGCACUGGCUUAGCUGGCACAACAUUUUCAGGAAAACUAAGUGGCCAGGCCCAAACCCAGUUGGGCCCUGAUGGGCUGGGCCUGGGCUUUGGAACCCUCACAGUCAUUGAUGAUAUCUUGACCACAGCACCUGAGUUGGGCUCACAGACAAUUGGGAAGGCUCAAGGAGUUUAUGUGGCAAGUUCAGCUGAUGGGUCCUCACAGAUGAUGGCUUUCACAGCUAUGAUUGAAGGUGGUGAAUAUGGUGACACCUUAAACUUCUAUGGCAUAUUCAAAAUUGGAAGCCCAAUGUCACAUUUGUCAGUGACAGGAGGCACUGGAAAAUUCAAGUCUGCAAGCGGGUUUGCUGAGGUUAGGUCACUUAUACCUCCUGGUCAACAUGUCACUGAUGGUGCUGAGACAUUGCUGAGGAUCAUUGUGCAUCUAAGCUACUGA